AUUCCCCAAGGCUCUUAAGCCAUAUCUGCUCAAACACUAUCCAACUUCCAGCUUCGGGAAAAAAUAAAACCUAAAAUUUGCAGGAAAAAUAUAAUUUAUUAUUAACGAAAUAUCAGAAUUGUUGCCGAAUCCUGUUUAAUUUCGCUACGUUUUGUUGUCACACGGUCAUCUAAGGAGGAAGUAAACGUGCAAUAUGGAGAUUGUGGAGAGAAACAAUUGCUAGCUUACCUCAGUGUAGCUUAGCAUAAGCUAAUUAGCAUAAGCUAACGCUAGCGCGCUAAUAUUUCACCACGGACGAGUCGAUUAAGGAAACUGGGACGAAAAGACCGUCAGCAUGUGGAUGGUGGGCAAACAUGGAAGGAUCGUAUAGAAUGAGUGUGAGGGAGCUGUGUGAGACGGAUGAUUUGGCUACGAGUCUGGUGCUGGAUCCGUUACUCGGGUUCAGCACUCAUAAGAUGAACAUAAGUCCUCUGCCAGAGAUCCGGCGAUGGAGCUACUUGAGGGAGACGCUGCUACGUUUCAAGCGCACUCGGGACUUCCAGGCCACGUUUGACGCUCUGCUGGAGGGCGAGUGGACGAGUGAGUACUUCAGAGACCUCGGCUCGCACCGACAGGAGCUUCUGAGGCAACACAUGUAUCGCUAUCUCACCGCCUUCCUAUUGGACAGCGGAGUCCAGAUCGAGUCAUGUGAUCGCUAUUCUUCAGAGACAAACGGAGCCAAAAUCACAGCAACCAGAAACUGGUCUGUCGGAGAGCGGGUGGAGGUGCUGCAGGGUUGUAUAGCUGAGCUGAGUCCCGCUGACAGUGCUGUGCUCCGGAACGGCGUGAACGAUUUCAGUGUGAUGUACUCGACACGCAAGCAGUGUGCUCAGCUCUGGCUCGGUCCAGCUGCCUUCAUUAACCACGACUGCAGGCCAAAUUGUAAGUUCGUACCUGGGGAUAAGAACGGUGCAUGUGUGAAGGUUGUCCGUCCCAUUUCACCUGGGGAGGAGAUCACGUGUUACUAUGGAGACAGCUUUUUUGGGGAAGACAAUGAGAUGUGUGAAUGUUGCACCUGCGAGAGGAGAGGGAAAGGGUUCUUCCGGCACAGGCUGGCAACGCUGCAAGAUUGGGAAAGCUCAAAUGAUUCGGUAGGCCAGAAGUACAGAUUCAGAGAGACGGACCUGCGGCUCAACAGAGAGAAAGGGAACAGUACUCCAAGUCCAUUCCUCCCAGUAUCUAACCCAGCUUGCUCUGUGAAAAAUUCCCAGCAGACGAAGAGAAACGCCCCUACAGCGAGCAGCAGGACGACAAAGACCAAGAGGUGGAAGAGGGAGGAGCGAGUCAAGAAGACGCAACGCAUCCACUUUCUGUCGUCCUUGUCUCAUUUCAACCUGAAGGACUCGAGCGUUUGCCUGUACAAUCACAGCGUGGACUUCCUUCUAAGCUGCAAAGAUUCCACCAGCAAGGAAAGAGCCUUUCUGCAAAGAAUCGAGACCGUGAGACCAAAAUUGGAGAGUCGCGAAUCGGACGUGCUCGGCCCUCCGCCUCCCACCGACGUCGAGCUCAUUAAAGGUGAAGAAGUACGAGACGUUUCUUACAGCGCGUCGAGUAACACUGACGAAUUGAACUUAAAACCUUUCACGUUAACCUCAGUUUCGUGCCUCAGUAAUAAAGACCCUGCAAAGGCUAAAGGACACGAGGCAGAAACCACCUCCGUUAGAGUCGUUCAUCAGAUGGCCAUUUCUUCACGAACUAGGAAAAUGCUGCGCACACGAAACGGAUGCUCCGGAGCGUUCGAUCGAGGUAAACUCCCUCACUUAAAUAAAAAGGCUGUCAAAAUGAUGCACCGGACAUCUAAACUGCGUGCAGGAGCUAGACACCACGGUCAGUGUAGAAGAGGUUCUCUCAGAAACCACGGUCCACAUAAGUUGCGCUUAAACAAAACGAGACGAGAAACAAACAGCAAGUCAUCGCUGGAGAUCACAGAGGAGAAGCAGUGCAGCUUUGGGGAUUCUCACAAGGCCAUAGCUGACAGCGAGAAGCACAUCACUGUCUCCGAUGCUGCUAGGGAAGGGGAUUCGAGCUCCCCAAAUGCUUCAGAGAUCUCUGGGGAGGUGCAGAAACAACACAUCCCUUCUGUCGUUUCUGGCAUGAUCAACGCUACUCCUUUCUCGCCUCCUCUUUCCUCCACUCACCCACCACCUCAUCUUCCAGCUUCAUCAUUUUCAUCUCACACUUCAGGUUUGACACGUUACGUAAAGGUCAGUCUGGUCAGAAUGUCGAUCCCAGGAGAGAGAGCAGCUGUUAAGACAGAUCAGGAAAGAGCAGACAGCGGAGAUAAUGCAGAUACAACGUCUCUGGCAGCUGUGGAGAAGCAGAUCUCAAAGUGCAAACGAAGCAAAGGUAUCUCGAGGGUCGGUGUGAAGAAAGGCGUGAGGGAGAUGUACUUUACUCCGAGCGCAGACAGCUUUUUAAAGGUGACCUGUGACAUAGAAAGUAGUGCGAAUACCAUAGCGCAACCUGUUCCACAUGUGACGCAUAAGGGUAGCCAGGGAAAUAUCGACGUUCAGGAAACGGAGGAGAAGAAGGAUAAUAACAAGAGGGGCAGUUCUGAUUCUAUAUGUUGUCAGAAAUCUUUUGUAGAAGACAAACUAGUGCCUAAUUUAAGGAAAAGAGUGCCAAAGAUUCAAACAAUACAGAAUGAAACUGGUACAACUGAAGAAAAGGAUGAGGAAAAGUGUAAAGGUAAGCAAAACGAACAUACUGUACAAAAGAAAUCAGGUAGGUUGAAUUUUGGAAGCAAAACUGUUGUUAUAAAGGAGGCACGAGUCCUUCUGUCUGAUAUUUUAAAAAGCUUGAGCAGUGACCUGGUUAGUCAAGGACUGGAAGGUAAAGUUUACCAUAGCGUAGUCAGGAAUUCUUUAGGACAAGGUGAGUCUGAAUCAACUAAUAGGAUGAGAUCUUUUACAAAUGGCCCAAAAUGUACUUUUGAGCCAGUGAAACAGGCCCCAGCAGCUGGGAGAGUAACUCGUGUGGCCCAAUGUAGCGCACAAUUAUCAGAAGGCCGUCAAGGUGCAAAAAUGGCAAAAAAAAAAGAUCCAGACAUGUUUCCAGGGGAGUCUCUCUCCCCUCUAAAAGGCAGUCUGGAUCACAAUUUCCAGAGCAGCAUCCCCUUAAAAAAACGGGUUUUUCGAGAAUCCCUCGAAAUCGAUCCCGAUCAAGAUGCAAGUGUAACUACAACUACAACUGAGUCUGUGUGUGCCAGCGUAAGCAUGGACACCAGACCGGAAAGUCUGUUAUUUGUGUCUCAAGGCAGCGAGACUCUGGAUAACGGAGCUCAGAACUUAACUUUACAAUCGAACUCGUCUUUCAGCGACGAAGGUAUAGGACCAAAAAAGGGCAGGCUGUGUAAAUCCUUAGUGGUCAAGAAGCUACAGCAAAGAAAAUGUUUUCGAACUGCUCAAGCUCGACUAGCCCAAGCUCCAAACAGGAUGUUUAGAGAGAGACGUGGUACAGGUAGUCUGUUGGCAGAAAAGAUGCCUGAAAGUAGAGUAAAUAUAAAUAGGACAUGCAAAAUGAAAUCUGAGAUAGGAACCACAGUGGAGUGUAGGGAUGUAGUGGGGAAAAAAGAGGUCGUAAGAGAGAUGGGCCAACGUUUAGAAGAGGAAAAUGCUAAAGCCUCGUCUGCUCCGGAAACUUCGGUUAACAUCGAAGAUCAACAGAACCUUAAUUUUAGAAUACGCCUAAAAAGAAAGAGGGGGAGGGAAUGGGAAAUGGAGAGUGAAUUCAAGGGGGAAGGUGGUGUGGUUGAAUCACAGGGAUCGGAACCACGCACUGAUAUUAUUGACCCCUUUAAGGCUAUUUUGGAUUCCGUCGCAAUUUUAAACCUGGAAAUGGCUCGCAUUCGGGGCCACGGAGAAGCAGACAAGAGCCUCGGCCUGGAGCAAGCCACUAAGGCUGUUCAAGACGUCUUGGAACAUUGCCAAAAAGAAAGUGCUUUCAAAUCCAGGAAAAAGCAUAAAAAGAUAUCUGGUGCUAACAUCAACAACGAAAAGCGUACUAACGGGCAAGAAGCCUCUGUUCAAGGUAAAAUAGUGUUUCCUGAGGUGCUAGAACAGAGCCAGUUUGUAAGGCGUCUGAAAGUUGAAGCAGAUAAUAUGGACAUUAAACCAUUACCUCUGCUCCGCUUACGUCGCCGGGCUGAGGGCAGAUGGGAGGUGGAUGGUGAGGAAGCUCAGAACCAAGAUGAAAACAUAGGAAAGGGAAUUUCUGUGCUAAGGGACUCUCGAAUUCUGUCUUGCUUCUUUCCUGAGCGGCUCCCAACGGGCGAGAUGGCUUUCAGCAGAGUCAAGGAGGAAAACCCGUCUCCUUGCGCACACCAGAUAGCAGCUAACAAGUGCGAAAGAAUUAGAGAUCUCUCUAAAUGUGCAUCCAUUUCAGAUCCUUCCCUAUUGUCCCUUUCACCCCUGUCUCUGAAUUCUCCGUAUCACGAAGGGCUAUCAGAAAUGGCUCAUAUUUCAAGAGUCAAAGAAACGUUUGCACCAGAAAGAGUUGAAAAUAUUGAAAGCGCAGAGUUGAGUGAGGUUUGCUUAAGUCACAACUUGUUCCAGAUCAACAAAAGCCUCUCUAAACUUCAAGCCAUGACUCAACAGCAGCCAUUCUGUGCACCUGUUAACAUUAGUGCGACUACCUCCUGUCAGAUUCAGUCGAAACCUUUGUCUCCUCCCACCUCCCCUUUCAACACUGAAUGCACCUUUUCAAACUAUUCAGAGGACAUUUUAGAUUUUCAUUGCUUGAAUCUUGACAGUUAUGACCAAGCACAUGCACAAAGCAGCCUCCAAAAUACGCUGACAGACUACUGUCCUGGUGAACCGCAUAACACCGGAUCUUUUAGUAGCCCCUUCUCUCAAAGCCCAGCAGACGGAUGGAACGCAGAGACCCCUUACCUCGGCUCCCCGAGCCCGGGGAGUAGCUUUAGUACUCCAGAAGAUCUGAGUUUUCCUGAUCUUGGGCUUACACGAUAUGACAUGCCAUCAAUAAACAGUGAGUUAUCUUCCAAAGAUAAAGCAUUUUGUCCCACCAUGUUUGGCUCUGCCACCGUCAAGGAUUCAGAGAGAAAUACGUUUUUUUCUGAUGGUGCAUCCACAAAGCGCAAUGUCCUUUUUCAGUCUAAGGAAGAUUCUGCAACACCAAUGAUUUGUGUGGCAGAUAAAAAUUUGGCCAAUCAGAGAGACUUAAUAAUAUUUAACACAUCCUCAAAUACUAAGCAGACUGGCCCCCUUACGGCUUGCUUACAGGCUCAGGAUAAGGUACAUUUCCUGGACAGCUCGAGGAAUCUGUCAACCCAUUCGGACUCUAGUAAGGUUCAAAUGAAGUACAGAAAUAACGAGCCGCUUAACUCCACUAAUAAAUCCCAGUCUAAUGUCUUGAGUCAGACUGUGCCGGGUUUAUACAAUGCUGGGCUACAAAGCAACCCUGUAAAACCCUUUCACUCGAUUCAUACAAGCAAGACCACCUCAUGCUCAGAGAUACCAGGUCCUCUUAACCUUGGCAGUACGGUUUUCCGUGGCUAUGAAAAGAAGCCUAUGGUUUUUCAAAACUACAACAGUCUGGUGAAAGUCGAAGGAGGAGGAUAUGGUCAGAAUAUUUGCAAAGGGUCCUUAUUAGGUGAUUCUAAACUUUCUUUGAAAUCUCACAGCAGUAAGUCUGAACUUACUGACCCUGUUCCAGGGCCAUCAAAUUUACGCAAUCACAAGGAAUUAUCCUCUGAGUGUUCUCAAAGUGCAUAUUUGAGAUAUGCUGAAACCUCAAGAAGAGAUAUAAAGACUGUCCCACCAAACAAAGGACUAUCUAAAGCACACCCUCAGAGCGAUCGGGUUUACCCAGUUUACUUUCUUAGCUCUAGCAAAACCACAACAAACGCCAUCAAGAACAUGCCUGUUGAAAAGCCUCAAAACCAUGCUGUGAACCCUGACAUUCCUUCUACAUUUUUUCAUAGCAAUCAGAGUCACAGCAUACUUAAAAACCUAAGACCGGAUAAACCCCACGCUGUGGUAGCCCCAAGUCAGAGCUCCCAAAUGUCUGUUCCACUUGACAGAAAUCAGCUCUGUUUCUCACACUCCGGUCCGGUAGGUGUCAACUUCAGCUCUUCGAUGUCUUCUGCUGUUUCCCAACAUAGCAGUCCACAAGUGAGCUACAGAGAUCCCGUCGUGUGGGAGGCUCCGCCGACCAAACCUCAGCCGUCCUCCUUCGUGUGCAAUCAGUCCGCUCACUCGUCUUACGUCGUGAACUUCACCGGAGAUCACUCUGUCACUCUGAACUACAACGAUGGUGGAGAUUGUUUGAAUUACUCUUCAUCCGUGCCCACAAAUUACACGUACCAUUGCCUCAUGGAGCCUUCUGGAACUCAGGGAAGGCUUAUUGUAGAACCAUGCGGUCCCUCGUCCAUCUCGCAUUCUUCUAUGGGCAGCUUUGCAGGCCCUAAAGGCCUAGCGGAGACCGACAAAGACACUCAUCAGCACGGGCAGUCUGUAUGCCAUCCUGUCAUUUCCCAUCACUUCCCGUCAUCUCAUUCGCAAAGCACCUCUCUUUCGGACCGUAAACCCAAGAGACUACGGCUGGUAGUUACCGACGGUACAGUAGAUCUCGACCUGCAGUACACAGACUGACGGUUGCUAAAACGAUAUUUAUUAACGACAAUGCAUCUAUGUUGUUUAUAUGUAAAAAGAAAAGAUGUUUAAGACUUUUGAACUUGUGCUUAGCAUUUAUGAUUUCCGAUAGGAUUUAUUUGUGUAAAAAAAAAAACAAAAAAAAAACACAAAUAUUUAAACCCUAUUUCAUCGUCAUCCAUAAUGAAUUAAUUGUGUAGUAUAUUUAUGUAUGAACUGUAGCAGUUUUCACAUCGUAGUUCUACGGCCACAUGAUGGAGAUGUUAUACUGUCUUGUGGAUCAAACUUUUUCAUACCCGUGUGUUUUAAACUGAGAUGUAGGGCCUACAGGAUAACCACAUUUACGUGAUCACUUUGCAGGAUGUAUUGUAGUGGCUUUGUUUAUAAAGGACCAAGACAGGAAGCGUGACUUUUUUUAUUAUUUUUAUUUUAAAUUUGCUUAAUUUUAUUUUUAGUUCUUACUUUCCUUCAAGGAUCAUUAAUAGUAGUCGACGGUAUGUCAACAAAAGGCAAAAAGUCAAACAAAAGCAGCCGUACUGUACCAUACUGUAAUGGUUCUUUUUGUUUUUUCUUUGGUCAGGAAGUCGAUGGCACUUGAUGUCACAUCGAUCCUUUAUAAAGAGUUGAAUUUCUUUUAACUUCAGAACGGCUGCUCCGAUCGAACAACCCAAUCCAGUGUGAAAGCAGACACAAAUUAAACCUUUUUGUCUGCAAAGUCUUAUAUCAGGUCUACAAACCAGUCUCUAAUCUGAUUGGGGGAAAAAAUCUCACUCUCCCGCGGCGUUAAGUGCUUCACUUCGUUGGUGGAAUUUUUUUUUCACCUUUUCAUUGAUACACUAAUAUUAUUAUUCAUUUACAAAUACAAAAUAAACACCUUUUCAUGUCGAUUACAUGUUAAUCACAAUCCAAAACCGAACACGCUUCUUAUUUUAGUCCUUUGUAGUAUUUAGACCUCUGUAGUAUUUUGGACAGUAUUUAUGUUGGAAACAUUCUUGAAUUAUUUUUUUAUUUUUAUUUUAUUUUAUUUAUUUUUUAAACGCAAUAUUCACGGUACCUCACGAGAGACGGACAGAAAAGUCACAGCCUUAAGGCGAAAACGUCUGCAUGGGUGUGUUGAAAACGCUGAUCUGGGAUCAUUGUUUUUCAUCCACGGCGCUUGACACUACUUUUUUAUUAUUAUUUUUUUAAAAACAUGUUUGCAUGCUGUGUGGUAUCUAAACCUCCUGUGUGUUAGAGACUGGAAGGCAGAAAUAUUUGUGAAGUUACACAUUUUCUACACAUUUCAGAUUGACAUGAAACCGAUGUUUGUGUGCUUGUGUUCAGCGUUUCUUUUUUUUUUUUUUUUUUUUUGUUUGUUUGUUUGAUUUCUUUUCAUUUCCUCAGUGUAUAAAAAAAGGCCAAUAUAAUAUUUAUAUUUAUUUCAAUACGCUCCACACAUGGUGCUUUAAUAUAACUUAAUGUUUCGAUUGUACUGUAAACAAAAUGUAUUUUUUUUUCCACCUCCUAAUUAUCAACGAUUUAAAAAUGUAAUGUUCCUUUUCCCCACAUGUCUCUACUGAAUACCUUCUUUUUAGAAAGUUUAUAAGUAACAAGGUUAGAUUUAGUAACAAGGUUAGUCUUAAUUACUAUUCCACUGUAAAAACAUGAAAAUGAUAUAAAUAAAACAUUUGUCACAUAAUCUUUUAAAAA